GCCCCUGGCCGGCCAGUGUUUUCUUCUUCUUCUGACUUCCCCUCUGUGGCAGGGGCGACAAAUGUUAGAGAAACAAAAGUCCAGAUGCUAAGGUUGGCACUUUCACUUCCUCUUGCCCCUUAGCCCAGAACUACUUUAAAAGCAGUCAUUGCUGUGGGGCAUCGACUCAGCAGGAGAGAAGCUAUCAGUACCUCCGAGAGUCUGCCCAGUCGGGAGUGUCCAGGGCAUCAUGUUUUCACACGGCCACUGCUGUUCACAGAAAAUGCCAGGAUGAUGCCUCGCCUGCGCCUGGCUGGGACUCUGGUCCCAGCCAUGGCCUUCCUUUCCUACUUGAGACCAGAAAUCUGGGAGCCCUGUGUGGAGGUCGUUCCCAAUAUUACUUACCAGUGCAUGGAGAAGAAUCUCUACAAAAUCCCUGACAACAUUCCCUUCUCAACCAAGAACCUGGAUCUGAGUUUUAACCUCCUGGAGCAUUUAGGCAGCCAUAGCUUCUUGCAUGUCUCAGAACUGCACUUUCUGGAUUUAUCCAGGUAAUGAAUCAGCUUUUGAAUUCUCCAGAAGGUGUAAAAUUCAUACAAUUGAAGAUGAUGCAUACCAAGGCCUAAAGAAUCUCUCUACCUUGAUAUUGACAGGAAACCCUAUCCAAAGCUUAUCCCCACAAGCUUUUUCUGGACUAUCAAAUUUGCAGAAACUAGUGGCUGUGGAGACACACCUGACCUCUCUAGGGGACUUCCCUAUUGGACAUCUCAAAACCUUGAAGGAGCUUAAUGUGGCCCAUAAUCUUAUCCAUUCCUUCAGUAUUCCUGACUAUUUUUCUAACCUGUCUAGCCUUGAGCACCUGGACCUUUCAAAUAACAAGAUUCAAAGUAUUUAUCAUAAAGACUUGCGUGUUCUACAUCAAAUGCCCCUAGGCACACUCUCUUUAGACCUGUCUUUGAACCCUAUAGAUUUUAUCCAACCCGGUGCCUUUGAAGCAAUUAGACUCCACGAACUGAUUUUGAAAAGUAAUUUUAAAAGUACAAAUAUAAUGAAGAUCUGUAUUCAAGGGCUGAGUGGUUUAGAAGUUCACCGGUUGGUUUUGGGAGAAUUUAAAAAUGAAAGAAACAUGAAAAAUUUUGAUAAAUCUGCCCUGGAGGGACUUUGCAAUUUGGCUAUUGAAGAAUUCCGAUUAGCAUACAUAGAUGACCUCGAAGGCAAUAUUACUGACUUAUUUGAUUGUUUGGAAAAUGUUUCUGUAAUGGCUCUGGUGCAUAUGUAUAUAGACAACCAAGAAAUUUUUCCUAAAGAUUUCAGCUGGAAAUCAUUAGAAUUUAUUAACUGUGAAUUUAGUGAAAAUAUUUUCUUCUUGAAGCUCUCAUCUCUCAGAAGACUUAUUUUCACUGCCAACAAAGGUGUGAGGACUUUUCCAGAACUUAACACACCAAGCCUUGAGUUUCUAGAUAUCAGCAAUAAUGGUUUGAGUCUCCAAAGCUGCUGUUCUGUGAAUAGUUUGAGACUGACCCAACUCAAGCAUUUAAAUCUGAGCUUCAAUGGUGUUAUUACCAUGACAUCAAACUUUGUGGGCUUAGAACAACUGGAACAUCUGUAUUUCCAACAUUCCAAUUUGAGAAACAUCAAUGAAUUUUCAAUAUUCUUAUCACUCAACAACCUCCUUUACCUUGACAUUUCCUAUACUCACAUCCGAGUUGCCUUCCGUGGCAUCUUUGAUGGUUUAUACAGUCUCCGAGUCUUAAAAAUGGCUGGAAAUGCUUUCCAGGACAACAGGCUUCUGAAUAUCUUCACAGAGAUGACUAGCUUGACCACCCUGGACCUUUCUUCAUGUCAACUAGAACAGGUGUACCAGGGAGCAUUUGAGUCACUCCCCAGACUGGAGUCACUAAAUAUGAGUCACAACAACCUGUUGGUAUUGGAUACACUCACUUAUAAAUGUCUCUACUCCCUCCAGGUUCUGGAUUUAAGUUUCAAUCACAUAGGAAAUAUUACAGAGCCAGGGCAGCAGCAUUUUCCAAGUAAUCUAACUUUAUUACAUCUUACUAAGAAUGCCUUUGUUUGUGAUUGUGAACAUCAGAUUUUCAUGCAGUGGAUCAAAGACCAGAGGAGGCUGUUGGUGGAAGUUGAACAAAUGGUGUGCAUCACACCUCCAAAUAUGCCUGUGCUGAGUUUUACAAAUGCCACCUGUCAGAUAAGCAAGACCAUCAUUAGCGUGUCAGUAUUCAGUGUGCUUGUGGUAUCUUUUGCUGUAGUUCUGGUUUAUAAGUUCUAUUUUCCUUUGAUGCUUCUAGUUGGCCGAAGAAAGUAUGGUAGGGGUGAAAGCGUCUAUGAUGCCUUUGUUAUCUACUCAAGCCAGGAUGAGGACUGGGUGAGAAAUGAGUUAGUAAAGAACUUAGAAGAAGGAGUGCCUCCCUUUCGGCUCUGCCUUCACUAUAGAGACUUUAUUCCUGGUGUGGCCAUCGCUGCCAACAUCAUCCAGGAAGGUUUCCACAAGAGCCGGAAGGUUAUUGUUGUAGUGUCCCAGCACUUCAUCCAGAGCCGCUGGUGUAUCUUUGAAUAUGAGAUUGCUCAGACCUGGCAGUUUUUGAGCAGCCAUGCGGGUAUCAUUUUCAUUGUCCUGCAAAAGGUGGAGAAGUCCCUACUCCGGCAGCGGGUGGAGCUGUAUCGCCUUCUCAGCAGGAACACUUACUUGGAGUGGGAAGAUACUGUCCUGGGGCGGCAUAUCUUCUGGAGACGGCUCAGAAAAGCCCUACUGGAUGGAAAAACACUGAGUCCAGAGGGAAUGGCAAGGGCAGAAAACAACCAACAAGAAGCAAUGACUUUGAUCUGAGGAGGAAAAUACUCCUGAGGGGCUUCCUGCCCGGCUGAACCCAAGACUUUUUCAAUUAACAAGUAUCAAAUGCUGCAAAAUGCCAGGCAUUAUGCUAAAGGCAAGUGAUUCAAUAGUGAACAAAAUACAUAGGAUUGCGAGUCUCAUGAACUUUACAAGGCUGAGGGAAUAAAAACUGUGUUAAAAUUCAGAAAGUCAAUUCAAUUUUUACCCCAUCAAGUUGAAUUAGAACAAAAAGAAUGAACCUCAAUAGGGAUAGAAAGGGACAUUGUCCUCCUCAAUCUUUCAGGUGGUAAUUACGUUAUUACAUUUAAGCCAUUUUAAAAACAGUUGUGGUUGUUUCAACUGAACUUGGUAUUUACUCACUUUUCCCUUUUUUAUACUGAAUACAAUUUAGAUUCCACUUGAUGACUCAGAAAGUUUUGGAUUCAGAAUUCCCUUUGUAUUUUAAAUUAAUUUCCUUACAAAGGCUAUAGUCUUGUAACUAAUUCCUGAGGAAAUCUGAGUAAUACAAGCUGGUUGUUCCUUAGCAAGUUCUAUUUAUUAACUAAGAAUUCUUGACAUAUGUCUAAUAAAUAUCAGUUUUAAUUUUUUAUAUCUUAUUUGUAAUCCCACAUCAUAAAUAAGUUUAUUAGAAACAUACUGGAAAUAUCCAUAUUCAACCACUAUUUUUCAAGGAAAUACUAAAAAUAACUGUCACUUUGUAACUUGAUAUCAUUUUAAAGUUCUCACCUACUAAGUUAUGAUUAUCAUGGAGGCAAUAUUAAAGGAAUGUGUUUGAAAGAGGCAUCUUAUUAAUAAGGGAGGGGAUAUAGUCCAACUUCCUGAUCUCACAGAGAGCAAUUUGCUCUAGAUGUAGAUAUGACUUUAGGUCACCUCUUCCUGCUGAUUCCAAACACAUUUGAGCUGAUACUGUGGCAGUGACCCCUGAAAUGAGUUUCAGCAGAAAUUUCUUCUUAGACCAGGUGGUGUUUCAUGGGUCUCUCCCUUGACCUUCCCCAUUGGUGGGAGAUCUGCUUAUGAAAUGAUUCAAGGUGGGGAGUACACACUGCUGUUUCCUGUUGGACAUCCGCCUCUGACCACAUUUAAGAAAGAAAGGAUUUCACUGAGCAAACAAUGUAGACACAGUUGAUCACACUCCUGUUUAGGUAAGCUCCCAGAAAACUCCAUUCAUUCAGCUUCAUCAAAACAGUAUAUUCAAAGAAAGCAAAGAACAUAUCAUUAGGGAAGUUUUAUAUCAAAACCACAAGGAGAUGUUCCCUCAUACCAGUUAGAAAAGCUAUUAAUUUAAGAAAAAAAAAAAAAGGCUGUCAAAGAUGUGAAGAAUUUGACACCCUUCUACAGCCAUUAUGUAAAUAGAUAUGGGGGACUCUCAAAAAUUAAAAAUAGAACCAUCAUAUAAUCCAGCAAUCCCACUUCGAGGUACAUGUCCAUAUUUCCAUGUUCAUUGCAGUAAUGUUCACAACAGCAAAGUUAGGGAAAGAACCUAAAUGUCUAUAAGAAGAUAAAUGGGUAAAGAAAACAUAAUCUAUAUGUGUAUAUUAGAAUAUUAUUCAGGCUUUAAAAUGAAGGAAAUUCCACCAUUUGUGAAAGUGAUAUCCAUUAUGUUAAAUAAGAUAUGCUGGUCAUAGAAAGACUAAUACUGUCUGCUUCCACAGGAAAUUCUAGAAUAGCCAAACUUAUACAAGCAGAGAAUGUAGCUGUGGUUCCUAGGGGCCAGAAGUGGGGGAAACGGAGAAAUAGGCAAUCGUUAAUUUUUUAUGAAGUUGAAGCUGUGAAAGAUGAAUCGGUCCUCAAGAUCUGUUGUUUAUCAUAAAGCUUAAAAAGAAUAAUACUGUCUUAUUCGCCUAAAACUUUGUUAAGAGUGUAAAUCUCAUGUUAACUGUACUUAACACACAUACAUAUAUAUACAAGGGACUCAAGCAAACUUUUGGGAUGAUAGGUAUAUCUAUUGCCUUCAUUGUGGGUAAUAGUUUCAGAGGUAUAUGAAUAUGCCCAAACUUAUCAAUUGGAUACAUUAAAUACAUUUAUGUCAAGUUUUAUUGUAUAUCAAUUAUAAAACAAUGAACUUGUAAAAAGGAAAAGAGAAGAAAAUCCAGGUGUCAAAACUGGAAAUACAACUACGUGCAGGACUGCAUUUGUGUAUUAUUUGCUUUGAGCAUUUUUAGGGUAGCUGUACAUACCUGCAUGUGUGUAUAUGUCUCAUCUAUACACUACAUGCUAGUGGAAAUGGAAGAAGUAUUUGCACAUGCCCAUGUGUUCAUGUAGCUGUUAGUGUAUAUGCAAAUUUGCAUCUGCAAUCAUAGGUAUGUGGGAAAGACUAUAAUUAUAUUCCCUGGAGAAUAUGUGAAUUUAAGGUGGACAUCUAUGGCUGCUUGAAACAUGUUUUCCACUCUUCUGUUUGUGCAUGUUUGUUUAUCUACAAAUGUCUAUGUAAGUUUCAGAGAAUGCUGGAGAUCAUGUGAUUUUGUGUAUGCACAUGCCAUAUGUGAAUGUACUUGUAUUCAUGAUGUAAUAUACACUCUAUGUAUGUGUUUUAGUUAAAGCAACUAUACAAGGAUCCUCAACAGAAUAACAAAUUCAACUAGAAUUUUGCCUAUAUAAAGUAAGCUGACAUUGGUCUCCUUCUCAUCAGUGGCCUCCCAGAUAAGAAUUCUGGAAAUCUUAGAUUAAGUGAAUACGAAGGGAAAACAAUGCUGCAAAUAGAAAUAGAAGGGGAAGAAAGAAAAAUCAGGCUAGGAUGGGGUCUUUGCAAUCAUUUAAACCCUGUGAGUGAAAGAGGGAGAACUCAUAGAAUAUAGAGAAAGUGAUAUUAAUUAGAACACAUUAUUCCUGUGAUAACCCAAAUCCUGGGACGUAUUUACACCGUUAUAACCAUGGAUGAAUUAGCAGAUAAAGAAUUACUUUCCCCAUUGUACUGAUGUUAAACCUGAGAUUCAAUGAAACUCAUUUAUUGCCAAUAGACCACAGAGUAAGCAAGUGGCAAGUGUUGAACCUGGGCCUCCAGCCUAUUCAGGGAAGCUCAUUUUCUACUACACUCCAUUGCUUCAUGCUUAAAUUUGGCAAAAUGAGAAGUGAAACCUCUGUGGUUCUCUUUGUGGCUGGCACUAGUCAAGGGCUCUUCAACUGAAACCAUGAAUCAUCAAGCAAAUGCAAAUGCAAAUGUAUAUAUCUAUAUAUUAUAUAUGCUGAAUGAUUCAUUUAUAACACAUCUCUUACCAUAAAAGACUUAUGGGAACUUUAAACAAAGCAUACAUAGACAACAGGGUUAAUCAAUUAGCAGUAGAAAGUCUGGACAAUUAACCAAAAAGAGGAAAGAAAGGUACUGGAAGUAAGCUUGAGCAUAAUCUUUUUCCGCUAGCUCCAUGAUGAGUAGUGCGGUAUCUUGGGAAAGCCAAAAACUAAGAUUUGUUGUUUACCAGCUGCAUGCCUUGAGCUUUGCUUAUUUGAGAGUGUAAAACAGUAAUAGGAAUGUUGUUUAAAAUAAUAUGCAUUCAACACAAAGGUGUGAGUACUCUUUUGGGGCUUUAGGAAAGGGAUACAACGGGGAGUAUUGCAUGAUCUACAAAGCAGCAUCAUGGUAAUUGCUGUUUUCCCCAAUAUAUGGGACCACAAAAGAUACUAUAAUUGUAAUUAGAUAGUUUCUUUCUGACUCAACCUUUACCCCUGGCAUUGUCAGACCAAAAAUCUCUUCUAGACUCUGUUGCCAUUCUAGAAACCAACAGUAGAGUUUUGUGUGAUAACCUGAGAAUUCUGGGAGGGGUGGGAGCACAUCUGCUUUUAUCCUACACCUCUCUAGCACUGAGCAUGAUGACUGGCAAAGAAUCCACAGGCAACGUUGUUUUUGGAAGAAUUGCUGAAUGAGCAAAGCAUUGUCUCUAUUGGUGAUGUUGUCCUUUGUGCUUCCCAGUUAAGGACCCCAUUCUCAGGCCACUCUAGAUUGCCAGCGCUGUCUCCUACUGUUGCUGUUGUCUGUUUCAAUAUUCUCAGCCACUUUCCUAAUAAUGCUUCCCCUCACUGGCUAUUAAGGUCUUAUUUUACUGCCUUACAUAUGAUUUCUAAUUUAAAUUCUCAGACUAUCCCUACACAUUAGGAAACCAAGGCUGUAAGAAUUUCAGUAACCUAUCCCAAAUCAAUCAAAUGGUAAAUAGCCACCUAUAUGAGAUGAUUUCUCUAAUGCCUUCCUCUUAUUUCAUAUGUGAUGUAAGUGCUGCUGCUCUUUAUUUUUGUCUUCUCAUUGCUAUGGCCAGGGCUCAGAACUAGAAGCCAGAUAUAAAGACUGAAGCAAGGAUGACUGUUGGGAGGUGGCAGCUAAGAUGUUGUUUAAGAUGUUAUUCUAGCAGCUAAGAUGUUGUUUAAGACCCCCGUGGUCCAUGUUGGAAUACCUGGCUUUGAUCCCUGGUUCCAGCUUCCUGCUAAUGCUGGCCCUAGGAGACACUGGUGAUGGCCCAAGCGAUUAGAUUUCUUUCACCCACAUAGGACAUCAGGGUUGAAUCCUUGGCUUCAAGUUUCAGUUUUGCCCAGUCUUCGACAUUGUGGAAAUUUGGGAAGUGAAUCAGUAGAUGGGGAUUUUCUCUCUCUCUAUCUCUGUGUGUGUGUGUGUGUCUCUGUCUCUCUCCAUCUUCCUCAGGAAAGAGGAA